GCAAAACACCAGAAGAGGAUGUGGAGUGUGAUGUUGACAUUCUCUAAAUCUUCACUACCUGUGAUGACUGGGACAUUACGUGGUUGAGAUGGUAGUCAAAGCAUGACUGCUGUCUUUCUGAUGUCCAUGCUUUUUGGCCUUGCAUGUGGGCAAGCGAUGUCUUUUUGUAUUCCAACUGAGUAUACAAUGCACAUCGAAAGGAGAGAGUGUGCUUAUUGCCUAACCGUUAACACCACCAUCUGUGCUGGAUAUUGUAUGACGCGGGAUAUCAAUGGCAAACUGUUUCUUCCCAAAUAUGCUCUGUCCCAGGAUGUUUGCACAUACAGAGACUUCAUCUACAGGACUGUAGAAAUACCAGGAUGCCCACUCCAUGUUGCUCCCUAUUUUUCCUAUCCUGUUGCUUUACGCUGUAAGUGUGGCAAGUGCAAUACUGACUAUAGUGACUGCAUACAUGAGGCCAUCAAGACAAACUACUGUACCAAACCUCAGAAGUCUUAUCUGGUAGGAUUUUCUGUCUAAUAGUAAUAUAAUUUGCAAUUUGGUUAAAUGUGCUUGCCUGAAAUAAAGCCAAUAAAAAUAUUAUGUUUCACAAUAUCUUCUG